AUCCUGACCUUCAGUGUCAGCUGGUUCUGGUUCCGUCUCUACUGGUUCCCUCUCAAGGUUCUUUAUGCCACCUGCCACUCCAGCCUCCAGUCCGUCCCCAACAUCCCCUUCUACUUCUUCUUCAACGCGCUGCUGCUCGUGCUCACCCUGAUGAACAUCUACUGGUUCCUGUACAUCGUGCUCUUCGUGGCCAAGGUGCUGCUGGGGCAGAUGCAGGAGGUGAACGAUGUCCGCGAGUACGACGUGGAGGAGAGCAGGAAAGCCGGGAAGGAGGCUGGGAUCCCGCUGCCCCAGGCUCUGAAGGAAGGGCUGCACCUCAAGAACGGCCUCGUGAAGGACAAGAGGUUGUGAGGGCGGCGUGGCCGGUGGUCACUGCCAGGACCCUGCCCUGGGACCCUGCAAAGGAGAACUUCACCCCCUGACCCCCUGCCAGCCCUGCCAGGACCCCUCGGGGCCGGGCUGUGCCCUGUCCCCUGUCCCCUGGGGGCUCCCUGGGGGCCACUUCGGCUUUGCUGGCCCGGGUGGGAUUCGGGGCUGGCUUUGUGUCCCCCGGUGUUGCUCCACGUUCUCAGCCCCGCUGUGACUCCCCCCGGAGCCUCCCUCUGCCCCUUCCCAGCCGCUCCUGCCGGCUCCAGCCCCGAUCCCGGCGGGGGAAGGUCCUGUCCUGCUCCCGCUGCCACCCAGGGGCCGCACGGGGGACCCUCGGAGGUGUCGCUGUCACCGCAGCUCCCACGGGCAGCUCCGCCUGGAAAUCCAUCCCUGGAGGAGGCCCAGGAGGUUCCACUGGCUGGGAAAAGCCCCGUGCAGGUCCUGGGGGGACUCAGAAAGGAUCCUGCAGGUCCCUGCUGGGGUUCCCCCAGGACCGGCCCCUUGCUGAAGGAAGAACAGAGAAUUCUGCUCCCCGGUUUAGGUUUCCAGGAAAAACAGGGAAUUCCUGCUCCCCGGUUUGGGUUUCCAGGAAAAACAGGGAAUUCCUGCUCCCCGGUUUGGGUUUCCAGG